AUGGACUGGAGUAUAAAGUUUAGGACGUACGACCUAGAAGUUUUCCCUUUUUGUACUGGACGAGGCGGGUGUUUUGGUCGCUGUUCUUCUUGGCCACGUACGAGUGUGGAGUUCGCCGAGUACAUCGUACCCAAUCCGAUCGUCAUUCGGCUGGCGCGGGAGCAAGAAUCACUCGAUAACAUCAAACAGUACUACGUGAAGUGCGGCAACCAGGUCGAGAAAUUGUGUGAUUACCGUCGGACAAGCGAUCAUUUUCUGUCAUAUGAUGUACGCAAAACGGCCGCGGUACUGUCCGGUGAUCUAACGGUGGAACAACGGUUGGACGCUCUGGAUCGAUUCCGAAAUGGACUAGAGAAGGUACAGAUUAAAACGAACGUUUUGUCCAGGGGUAUCGACGUCGAACAGGUGACCAUUGUCGUCAACUUCGACCUGCCGAUGGAUCAGCAGGGACGAGCCGAUUGCGAAACGUUUCUACAUCGAAUUAGACGUACCGGUAGAUUCGAACGGAAUCACCAUCAACCUAGUGGACAGUGA